AUGGUGAAAAUGUUACGUAUAUGAGUGUAUCUAUUUUAUUUUCAGCUUUUUAGUAUUUAAUUAACCUUUAUUCUCGAUUAUGAUAUAAUUUAUUUUAUUUAUCAACAAUUGUUUUACUACCUCAAUCAUCAAUAUAAAUUGUAUCUAUUGUCAGUGUUGCCAUUUUUAACGGAAAAACAAGCCAUUCUAUUGAAACUUGUCAUAUUUUGGUAACCAUUGUGAAGGUUCAUCUUUUGGUCUGUGCUUUGAUAUUGAAAGGAUCCAAUUGUAACCUCGGCUUUAAUGAAAUGCCAACUCUAGUCCUUGAUUCAACCUCCAAGAAUUGUCAUCUACUCACUGACUGUUUAUUUACUACUCUGGUUCAUCGCAUUCAUUGUCUAUUUAACCAAUAAUUAAGACGUGCCAAUAAUAAAGUAAAAGCUCAAUUUUCAUCAACAUCAGCUGUAUAUCGUACAAUUAUGGUUCACUCUUUUGAAGAAAUGGAAGAAUAUGAUGUUUAUCCCAAAGAAUCAACUGACAAUCAUCUUCCUGUUAUUAACUAUGGUUCAUCUUCAAUUAAAAAGAAUCGACUUGUCCGUCAGGAUGCUUUUGAUCUAGUCGAGCCUCCUGGUUCUGCAUUGAAGCAACAGGGAAUGCCAGAGAAACCAAAAGAGCAAUGACAAUAACAACGCUAAUACUUAAAGUAACAUCACAUUCAUCUCAAUGCCACCCUUUUUCAAACAAUUGAUAAAAUCAUUUUCAUUUGGAUUCCUCGAAUCUGAUUAAGUAUGUGCUAUUUACAUCAUUGGCUUCGUCUUGAGCAUUUACUGCCUCAAUCUUAUACUUUAUUUCAAAUUUGAUUUAAUCAAUUUGCAUUGUAUUGCCGCUGUUGGCAUCUUCAAUAUCAUCUAUAACUACCAAACAUCAACUGCUCAUCAGUAACAUCGCUCGCGCAACAUUCCUCAUUGGCUCAGAUUGAACAACUUUCCUCAAUUUCAUCUCCAGAUUUUCCAUCAUUAUUGGUUCAUCAAUUUUUUUGUAAAACAACGACAACGACACUUCUUCGCAUACCUCUACCGUGAAUAUUUCUGUUAGCUUUUUAGAUCAUUAAUGUCCCUUAAGCUCAACCAGGUUGCAAUUGAUAGCCAAUCAAAUAUUGUAGCAUGCCAUCGCUAAUGUCCAUAACUCAAAAUAGUUCAGAUUGACUAUGACAAUUCAUUGUGCAAAACAAUUACUGAGUUGUCCUCCACUAGAAUAUGCACAAUUUGUUAACUCGAAAAUUAAUUGUUCUUUAUGAUUGUUAAGCAGUUAAAAAAAGUGAGAAAUAUUAAUACAAAAAAAGCAAUAGCAAAGCCCUAGCUUCAUCCGAAUUUAGACUAUACAUCUUAUAGCUGUAUAAUGAUAAACUUAAUAUUGCCAUCGUUUAAUCAAGUUGAAAUUCCCUUUUUUAGAAUUCAGCAAUUUAAUUGUUGACUAGAAUCAAGCUUAAUUAAACCUGUACCUUAUACUAAGGAAAAACUUGUUGGAAAAUGAAAGCCCGAUAAGACUCAAGAGUGAUUUUGACUUUCAUUAUUUAUAAAUUAGAUUGAAAAAUAUCCCUUUCAAAAUAUUCCUUUUUGUUGUCUCUUACAAUAAAGCCUAUUGGUUAAUUGUCAUGCUGAUCUCCCAUUAAACAAAAAGAUUAGAAAAGCAAAACAAGGAAACAAACAAAGCCUCAAAUCCAGCAAUUAAUCCCAAUCGUAAAAACACUUGAAAAAUGUUACCACAAAACGGUUAAAUUAAUUGACGGACAAAAUUUAAAUAUGUUAUGUGUAAAAAUCAUGUAUUUUUGACCAUUAAACAAAUUCCUAAUCAUUUAACCAAUAUUAUUUUAUCGUGUUUAUUUGCUGAUACAAUUAUUGAAGGAAUAAAUUGUCAUCAAUGUCUUUCUUUGAUUUCCUCGAAAAGAGCUUGUUUAAUCCAUCUCGCACUCAAAGAUCGAUUGACCCUAAAUUAAGUGAUUGUGGCAGCAAUUUUGUUCGUAUAAGGAUUAGAUUGAACAAUUUGCAAGAAGAUGACAACAUAACAUCUGACAUGGACCUCAGAAGAUGUGAAGAUGAAUCAUCGAAAGAAGGAUUGGUCAAAAUAUCGAGUGAAAUAUUUCGUUAUCGUUUCUUGUCAUGUUUUGAACAAACACCUGAUCCCAACCUUCGAGGUCGAAUAAUAAUCACGGAUAAACAAAGUCUUUCCAUGUUUAGACGAGCAAUGGAUUGGCUGACAAUCAAGAGAUUUGGAGUUUCGUGUAUCUUUACCUUUCAGGAUAAAGUAUCCAAUGGUUUGACUAAAAACCUUCAAGUAAUCUACUUAAUCAACACUACACACAUCUCUGACUCUGAAUUUAAACAACAAAUUGCCGAUGUAAGGCGCCGAGAGUGUCGCAGCUGCUGUAUAUUUCUAACUUAUAUUACUGAUCCUUUUCAUGUGGAAACCACCAAUCGACUUGCAUUGUUACAGAAAAUUAUCACCAUGAAAUCAUUAUCUUCUCCCUGGAUUGUUGGCGCUUUUCAUGGUUUUGAUCCUUGGAUAGGUUUAAUCGAUUCCCAAGCCAACCUGUCUUACCUCAAACAAUACAUUUCGCAGCCCAGUUCUUCUCAAGACACCUUGACUAAUCGUACCAUUUGUUGUCGUCUGGCUUUCCGUUUGGUUAACGUUUUUGAACAAAUGAAUCAAUUUCCAACCGUUCGCUACAUGAAGACAUGGCAUCCUCACAAUCAUCUAAUUGGACAACUCUUUGUUAAAGGACUAAAUGGAUUAAAAGAGAAACGACGAAAGUCUGGAGAGACAAUGGAUUAUCAGCAAGAUUUCUUACUCCUCAUCAUUGACCGUUCAGUUGAUUUGCUGACACCAAUCCUGCAUGCAACUUAUUACCAUGCCUUUGUGGAACAGGAAUUGGAAACUUCUUUCCCUCACUCUUCAGAUAGAUUGGACUCUAAAUUAAGAAAUGUUCACAUUAAUGAUAUCAAAGACAGGCUGGCAUCUCUUUCGCGAGAAUUGAAGGCAAACCAUUAUAACAUGAGUAUCAAGCAACAGGAGAUAACAAUGGACUUUGUGCGUUCACACCUUGAAAUAUCACAGCGUUUAAUGGCCAAAAUGAAUGAUGAUUAUCGACAAUUACUCUUAUUAGAACAGAAUGUGGUUGACACUUUGAAUCAACGAUUGGAUAAAAGUCAAUCGAAAGGAGUGAAGCUGCCAAAGUCUCGUUUCAGUGAUACUGUUCAUUCGCAAUUUGGUACCAAAAUCGAUUCUGAUAUGAAUCCGUCUGAUCUUCAUCGGUUGGUUAUUGCUCGUUCAUUGUUGACUAGAAGUUUCGUAGGAGCAGCUUAUUUGAGGAAAUUAUUGGGCAAGAAAAAGUUCACUUACAAAGAUUCAUCGAUCAUCUCUAAAUACUCUAAAUUAAUGAUCAAUUUAUUUGAUUUGAGUGAAACUCUCUCAUUCCGUUUUCCUGUUUUAUCGCAUUUAAUUGAUCAAGUUUAUUCAGGAUUAUUGGCCGAAGAUAAAUUUCCUUUUGUUGAGGCCAAAAUGAAAACUGCAGCUCCAAGGAAAAAAUUGUGCAUCUUUGUUCUUGGUGGCCUUUCUUAUAAUGAAAUUCAAUACUCUGGAGUUGAAUUAAAUCGCGAUGUUGUUUUGAUCUCCGAUAAUUUAUUAACCUCAAAAAACAUUUUGUCAUCAUUGUAUCCCGAUGAAGCUUAAAUGUUACAAUUGUGGGCUUAUUUUAUCAAACCAUUUAUUUGAGUGUAAUGGUUAAAAGUCUUGAAGGUGGUGAUGAAUUAAUGUUUAUUUUUCAGAUGAUUGUUUAAACAUUUAUACAGAUUGUAAAUAAAUUGGAUUAAUUAAACAUAUUUUGGUCUUUACACUUUUCUGAACAGACGUUAAUGCUAUUAAAUGGUUAAUAUGUUACAGUCAAUUUUUAUAAAUUUAAUGCUUUUAAAUAUUGUUUCAUGUCCACCUCCAAUUAUAUCAAACAUUACAAAUGUCUGUGACUGUGGCAAAAUUGAUCCAACCAAUUCAAAUUAUUGGCCUUGGUUAGUUAAAAUUAGAUCAAGAUUUGCGGAUAAAGUUAUUGAUUGUCAAGGUGUUUUAAUAAGCUCAUUUGAUAUAUUAACUGCUGGUCAUUGUGUAUAUUCCUCUAAAAUCGGUACAAGUAGUCUAGUUACUGUCUACUUGCCAUUAACUAAUCCGAUUUCUUCUCAGAUUGAAUGGAUUCAACAAGAAGUUCAUAGAUUUAAAUACGAUUAUCGUUCAACAAACACAUCGCACGAUAUUGCUGUGAUUAAUUUAAUUGAAAGAGCUCCAGAUUAUUAUCAACCAAUAUGUCUAACAUCUCUUGAAAUGAUGGUAAGCAAUGGUAUAGUGAUUGGUUUCAAUGAAAACAUCCCAAAAUAUAAUUCUAUUGUUCAUCAAUCUAAUGUCGAAAUAAUCAGUGAUUGUGAAUUUCAGAGACAACAUUGGUUAAAUUUCUCAAAAUCAACUGAAAACAACUUAGGCACAUUUACUGGGUAUGAUCCAAUCAACUUCUCAAUUAUUUGUGGGAUCAACUCUGCUUCUAAAAACGUUUCCAUCUUAAAUCAAGAUUGUCAACACAUUCCUGGUCAACCUUUGAUUCAUAAAAGUACGUCAGAUGGACGAUGGUUUCUAGAUGGUAUUGUUUCUGGUACCUGGUUUAACAAUAAGCACGAUUGUUAUCACCCUUUUCCAACCAUCUAUGUUUCCGUACUAUUUUACUCUGAAUGGAUAUAUUUUAAUAGCAUUGAAUGUUGUCUGAAUACCGACAAUUAGCUUCUUAUUGGAAAUCAUCAGUAAAAAUCAAUUAAUAGAUGAUCAAA